GACCUAAUUAAAAACCCCUACUUCCAAAAACACCCCUCCAAGAUCAAUCUAAUCACCAAAAUGUCCUCCUUGGACUCCUCCGAGGCUUCACCGCCGCCCGUUCACCGGGACUGGUUCUUCCCCUCCGCCGCCCCCUUCCUCCCCGCCACCACACCGCGCGAUCUAGACCCCUCAUCAACCCUAGAAAACCCUCCUCCGCCUUCCCUUCCACCUCUGGCCGAGCUGCCUCAGCCUCCAAAGUCCUUCUUCCGCGAUGCCAGGCCCCAGCGCUCGAGUUUCAGCUCCUCAUCCGCCACUUCCUCCCCGCCCACCUCUGCAGCGCCGCCCAUCCGGCGGAGGGAUCCGAGGUAUGCGGCUGUGAAAAGGAAGGUUUGUUUCGAUACGCCAUCGACGUUGGCGGACAAGGGGAAGCCUGAUGGAGUGGAGAGCUGCCGGGAAGAUAGGGCAACUGGGGCUAGAGGUGGUGGGGUUUUGGGUGGUGGUAGUAGGGCUAGGAUCGGACGGCCUGCGGCUGCUUUGUCUGCGUUUAUCAUCGCAUGCUUCAGUUCUCUGCUUCACAAAAAUUUCUCACUGCAGGGGCAAGUUGGGAAUCUACAGGACCAGAUGUUGAUGCUGAAUAGAAGAUUACAAGCUUGUGCUUUCUAUGAUCACUUGGAUGUUGCCAGCGUUACACCACAAGUUGAUGAACAUACGUCAAAUAAACAUUUAAAAAAUUCUGCUCUGUUCUUUUCAGUCACUAUGUUGUCCAUCCCUCUUAUUAUUCUCAAGUAUAUUGAUCGGAUUUCACGGUUGAGGUCAUCGGAUACUGAAGGAGUUUCUCUUAACAAGCAGUUAGCCUAUCAAGUUGAUUUAUUCCUAUCAGUUCAUCCAUAUGCUAAACCAUCGGCUUUACUACUUGCUACCUUGAUGCUGAUAUGCCUUGGCGGUUUGGCUCUUUAUGGUGUCACAGAUGAUGUUUUAGCAGAUUGUUUGUGGUUAUCAUGGACCUUUGUAGCUGAUUCUGGGAACCAUGCCAAUUCUGUUGGUAUUGGUCCCAAAUUAGUUUCUGUGUCUAUCAGUUUUGGUGGAAUGCUCAUAUUUGCCAUGAUGCUUGGGCUUGUGUCUGAUGCAAUCUCUGAGAAGUUUGAUUCACUGAGGAAGGGAAGGAGUGAAGUGAUUGAAAAAAAUCACACACUGAUACUUGGUUGGAGUGACAAGCUGGGAUCUUUACUGAAUCAGUUGGCAAUUGCUAAUGAGAGUUUAGGUGGUGGAACUGUAGUUGUGAUGGCAGAGCGAGACAAGGAGGAAAUGGAACUUGACAUAGCUAAAAUGGAGUUUGACUUUAAGGGAACGUCGGUCAUAUGCAGAAGUGGAAGCCCUCUAAUUCUUGCUGAUCUUAAGAAGGUAUCUGUUUCUAAAGCUCGUGCAGUGGUUGUUCUGGCUGAAGAUGGUAAUGCUGAUCAGAGUGAUGCACGAGCAUUGAGAACUGUUUUGAGUUUAACUGGAGUUAAAGAAGGGUUAAGAGGACACAUAGUGGUGGAACUGGGUGAUCUUGAUAAUGAGGUUCUAGUAAAACUUGUAGGAGGGGAUCUUGUUGAGACUGUUGUUGCCCAUGAUGUGAUUGGACGCUUGAUGAUUCAGUGUGCUCGUCAACCAGGUCUUGCUCAGAUUUGGGAAGAUAUUCUGGGGUUUGAAAACUGUGAGUUUUACAUUAAAAGGUGGCCUCAAUUAGAUGGGAUGCCAUUUGAAGAUGUGCUAAUUAGCUUUCCUGAUGCCGUUCCAUGUGGAGUGAAGGUAGCAUCUUCUGGAGGAAAGAUCAUUUUGAAUCCUGAUGAUUCCUAUGUUCUUCAAGAGGGGGAUGAAUUACUUGUGAUUGCAGAAGAUGAUGAUACCUAUUCUCCGUCCAUAUUGCCUGUGGUCCAUGAAGCAGUAUACAUAGACAUUGUCCGGCCUGCAAGAAAGCCACAGAAGAUUCUACUUUGUGGAUGGAGGCGGGAUAUUGAUGAUAUGAUUGUGGUGCUGGAUGCUUUUCUAGCACCUGGAUCUGAACUGUGGAUGUUCAAUGAGGUGCCAGAGAAUGAAAGGGAUAAGAAACUUAUUGAUGGGGGUUUGGAUCUCGGUCGAUUGGAGAAUAUAUCUCUGGUCAAUCGUGAAGGAAAUGCCGUCAUUCGGCGGCACUUGGAAAGCCUUCCCUUGCAAUUAUUUGAUUCUAUUUUGAUUUUGGCUGAUGAAUCUUUGGAAGAUUCUGCAAUUCAAGCUGAUUCUAGGUCUCUUGCAACCUUACUUCUUAUUAGAGAUAUUCAGGCCAAGAGACUUCCGUAUAGAGAGGCGAUGGUUUCACAUGUUCCUCGAGGAAGCUUUUCUCAGGGUUCCUGGAUCGGAGAGAUGCAGCAGGCAUCAGACAAAUCUGUGAUAAUUAGUGAAAUCCUGGACCCUAGGACCAAGAACUUGUUAUCCAUGUCAAAAAUAAGUGAUUAUGUCCUAUCGAACGAACUUGUCAGCAUGGCACUUGCAAUGGUUGCAGAGGACAGGCAAAUAAAUGAUGUUUUGGAAGAGCUCUUUGCUGAAGAGGGUAAUGAGAUUCAAAUACGACCGGCUGAUCUUUAUCUUUGUGAAGACGAAGAGAUGAAUUUCUAUGAGAUAAUUCUACGUGCCAGACAAAGAAAAGAGAUUGUUAUUGGUUACCGUUUAGAAAAUGCAGAACGAGCCGUCAUUAAUCCACCGGCCAAAGAUGUACGACGCAAGUGGUCAUCCAAAGAUGUGUUUGUGGUAAUUGCCGAGAAGGAAUAAACCUUUAUUACUGGAUUCCCAAUAGCAUGAGUUGAUCUAGACUUCAACAAUUCCUCAACUGUUAUGUUCACCAGAAUUCAAAGUCAGUAAAGAUUUCACAACCAGUCUGGCCGAGACAGCUUUGAAAAACUUUCAAUGCUUCAGCUCAAAUUGGAAAUGAUGGUUUAUUUCUUUGGGACAGUUGUUAUCUGUCACAAGACCUGUAUAUAUUGUUUAUCCCUUUUUUUUUUUUUACUGCAGUUGAGAGAAAGAAGUGAAAUGUAUAUUAUAGAAACAAGCUUCAGGUUAACAUGUAAAUCUAAAGUGAUCUCUGCUUUAGAUGACUUGUAGGGUAAUGUUGCAUGUCUCUGUAAGUUAUCAUGUUGUAACAAUAUUUAAUUUUACAGGCUAAUAAUGGUGUUAGCCUUUUAAAGAUUAUGUAUUGGAUUAGUAAUUGGUGAAAUGG